AUGAGGAGCCACACGGGGGAGAAACCCUACCGGUGUUCUGUCUGCGGGUUCGCAGGAGCAACCAAUCUAACCAAUCACAUGAGGAUCCACACAGGGGAGAAACCCUACCGCUGUACUGAGUGCGGAAGGUGUUUCUCUGUCCUGGGUCAUCUCCAGACACACAUGAGGAGCCACACGGGGGAGAAACCCUACCGGUGUUCUGUCUGCGGGUUCGCAGGAGCAACCAAUCUAACCAAUCACAUGAGGAUCCACACAGGGUAUAAACCCCACCGGUGUACUGAGUGUGGAAGGUGUUUCUCUGUCCUGGGUCAUCUCCAGACACACAUGAGGAGCCACACGGGGGAGAAACCCUACCGGUGUUCUGUCUGUGGUAAAGGGUUUAGUGUGAGCUGCAACCUGACGCAGCACAUGAUGAUACACACAGGGGAGAGACCUUACCACUGUCCCGACUGUCAGAAAGGAUUCAUCACCAUGGUCCGGCUGAGGAGACAUCAGAUCGCCGUUCACACGCAGGGAGAAAUGUUCUUCUGUAAAUGA